AUGGCCGGCGCAAGCGAUAAGGCGCGCUUCUACCUUGAGAACUCAUUAGGGGAGUUGAGUGAGCUUGAGCGGAAGAAGAUCUUUACGAAGGACGAAAUAGUUUCAAUCGCGAGGAAACGAUCCGACUUCGAACACAUCAUCAACGCCCGUGGCUCGAAUCCAUCUGAUUAUGUGCGCUACAUAGAAUUCGAAAAGAACGUCGACGCCCUCCGCCGGAAGCGCAUCGAGAGACUCGGGGUGAAAUCGAACGGGACCGGCUCGAGAACGGUCUUCUUCCUGUAUAACCGCGCCAUCAGGAAGUUCCCAGGCGACCUGGAUAUAUGGAUGCAAUAUAUCGAGUUUGCUCGGAAAGAGAAGGCCUUCAAAAAGCUAAACGAGAUCUUCACAAAAGUGGUUCGCCUACAUCCAACUAAGCCCGGUCUUUGGAUCUAUGCUGCUCGGUACUUCAUGGAAGACCAGGCAGACAUCACCAACGCGCGGAGUUAUAUGCAGAGAGCGCUGCGUUUCAACAAGAGUUCCGAAGCGAUAUGGUUGGAGUACGCCAAGCUGGAGACGAUAUACAUUGCGAAAAUAGCGGGACGUAGGAAAAUCCUGGGACUAGAUGAUGAGCACGCAACACAAGCCACUGAACAGGAGGAUGGUGAUAUGAUUGCGCUGCCUAGCGUUACGGCCGAGGACAUCAACCCAAGCGUAGGUAAAGAGGAAGGGGCGGACGAGGUGGCUUUACAGAACCUAGCCGCAGCUCCAGUCCUGACCGGAGCUAUCCCCAUUGCAGUCUUCGACGCAGCUAUGAAGCAGUUCCGCGACGACCCUAAGGUCGCAGAACGGUUCUUCACCAUGCUCGCCGAGUUCGAGCAGCUACCGUGCCUGGAACGGAUACUGAAUCAUAUUCUACGACGUUUGCAAGAGACGGCUCCAAGGACCGCUAGCACUAUCAAGUGCGGAGUCAUGUUGCAUCUGCUUCGCGCUCACCCCACUUCUCCGGAAUUUCCCGCCGCAUUGCGAACUUCGUUGAGUAUGCUCGACUCCGCAAUCCAAGCAGAUUCAAGGAUGGCGGGCGAGCUGGCCGAGUUCGCCAUACGGCAGCUGAUAAGUCCCUUGCGGACCGUAGAAGAGGCCGACGAACAAGCUCUGAAAAAGGCGUUAGCUGCAAGUAUACGGAAGUACUCCCGGCAGUUGGAGGAUGCAACUAGUGCAACGACUGGGGAUGCAAUUGCCAAAGUUGUCGAAUCGCUAUCUCGAGAGGGCGGCAAGGCGGAUGCAAAACGAUUGCUCGAGCUGUGCGUGAAGCAGUACGGCGCGAACGAACAACUCCAACUGCUUCUCAAAUCCUUGGGUACUUGA